AUUUAAUUAUAAACCACAAGAAGUUCCUAUAAAGUACUGCAUUUCUUUCUGAUGUAUCAGCAGGCCUUCUCAUAGAAAACAGUCCUUGAUAGUAACAAUAAUCAGCACUGUUCGAAGAAAUUUAAACCUUUAAGAUGAGCAAGGAUGAAGUAGUAUCACCUCAUGUACUUAUCUUUCCCUUGCCAUUACAAGGACCAGUGAAUUGCAUGCUCAAACUAGCUGAGCUUUUCGCUAUUAACAGACUCCGUGUCACCUUCCUCAACACAAUUUACAUCCAGAAUCUCCUCCUCAAACACACCAAUGUUCAGUCCCGAUUUAGUAACUAUCCUGAAUUUCAUUUUGAAACCAUCCCAGAUGGCCUUUCUGAAGACCAUCCGCGCUCUAGUGAUAAGUUACUGGAUCUUGCCGAUGGUAUUGAGGAAGUAAUGAAGCCACUUUUCAUAGAGAUGUUGACUUUUGGAAAGAUGAGUUCCAAGUCCAGCACACCGGUGACUUGCAUAAUAGCAGAUGGUGGCUACACUUUUGUUGUCGAUGUUGCUAAAGAUGUCGGGAUUCCAAUACUUUAUUUUGACACUAUCAGCCCUUGUGCUCUCUGGACCUAUUUUUGUCUUCCAAGGCUCAUUGAGCUAGGAGAAGUUCCAUUCAAAGAGGAGGAGUAUGAUAAAAGGGUAACUGGAGUAUGCGGAACUGAAAAUUUUCUCAGGUGUCGUGAUCUGCCUAGCUUUUUCCGAAUCAGGGACUUAAGCGAUCGUAUCAUUCAAUAUAAUCUACAGGAGAUUCAUGAAAUCCCACGAUCUCAAGGAAUGAUACUCAACACAUCUGAACACAUAGACGGGCCUAUUAUAUCCCAAUUAAGCUCUCAUUGUCCAAAUAUUUAUUCCAUUGGCCCUCUCCAUGCACUCUACAAGUCUAUUCUAUUAUCAGCACAGAAAACCUCAGAACAGGCCAAUUAUUCAAAUAGUCUAUGGGAGGAUGAUAACAGCUGCAUGACCUGGCUAGAUGCUCAACCGCAUAAAUCAGUUAUUUAUAUUAGCAUUGGAAGUCUUGCAAUCUUGACAGGGGAUCAGCUUUUGGAGUUGUGGUGUGGUAUAGUGUAUAGUGGUAAGCGGUUUUUAUGGGCCUUACGGCCUGGAUCAAUUGCUGACAAAGACGAAAAGUCUAAGACUGUGGAGGAACUAUCCGAUGCUACAAAGGAUAGAGGUUGUAUCGUCAGUUGGGUGUUUCAGGAACAAGUUUUAGCACAUCCUGCUAUAGGAUUAUUUUUUACUCAUAGUGGUUGGAACUCUACUUUGGAGGGCUUGAUUGAGGGGGUGCCUAUGAUAUGUUGGCCGUAUUUGUUGGACCAGCAAGUGAAUAGUCGAUUUGUUCAAGAAGUAUGGAAGGUUGGCAUCGAUCUUAAGGACAGGUAUGAUAGAGUUGCAAUUGAAAAGGCAGUGAGGGAAAUUAUGGAGGAUAAGAAAGAUGAAUUUCAGAAAUCUUGUUCCAGGAUGGCCAAACUUGCUAGGCAAAGUGUCGGUGAUCAAGAUGGAUCUUCGCACUGUAAUUUCAGUCGUCUGGUUGAAGACAUAAAAAUGAUGAGACUGUUGAAACCUAGCUCGUGACUAAUUGUUUACAGGUGUACUAAUACUUAUGUGCAAAUGAAUGAAACAAAUGAAAGGAGCUGCUUCAAAGCUAUUUAGAAAA